AUGAGGCCAGAUCCUUCGAAUUCUAUAAAUUACAGCUCUACUUUCAAGACCGUGAAAGCAGUAAAAGAUGUAGUUAGUACUGACGUGUCGGAGUAUGUUGAGAACUCUCCACUAGGGGUAAUUAUCAAGCAACUCCAUUGCAAAAAACGACAUGAGCUUUGGUUUUUGAUAGAAGAACAGCCUGCCCUUUUCUCGCUAUUUGAGUUUGAAGAUAUCACAGGUUUAAACUGUGAUCCAAUACCUGAUGCAAUGGUAGUGGAAGAUGUUGAGGAAAGUAAUCAUUUUUGGGCGCUGUUCAAACUGAGACGCCCCCGUUCAACCCCAAGCGCUGAGGACAUACUUGAACCAUGUCGAUCUCCUGAUGUUUGCAGAUCCUGGUCCAUGGAAGACCAGAUUAGGCUGUGUUAUUUGGCCAUCUUGACAGGCGGUUUACUUGCCCUUGAUCGAAGAGAAGCUAUCCCUCCUGCUAAAGCGAAGCUGCUUAUGGAUUUGGAGACUUUCGAGCAGUAUCCCUGGGGAAGAGUGGCUUUUGUUGAACUUGUCCAUCAGAUUAAGACCGCAACAAAAAGUGGUAAGAUUAAGAAUUCCAGUUAUGUCUACAAGGGGUUCGUGCAAGUAAUUCAGGUAUGGGCGUACGCUUAUAUACCCUGUGUUGGAGAAGCAAUUGGUCGUCCUAUCAGUUCACAUGGUAUAUUGUUACUGAGGUUCAAAGGCAAGAGUGGAAAGCUCUCCUUGAAUGAUACAUUUAAUAAAGCGAAGGUAACUUGUAUGUGCACGCGAAGCUUGAAUGAAGUUUAUCCGGUUUGGGAACAACAAGAUGAGGAUCCUGAGAUUGACAAUCUUUUGGAGUUCCUUCGCCAACACAAAUCCUUGAGUACCAUUACUUGGCAAGCCUUGCCGGUUUACCCAUUCACACCGGUUAAAUGUAACAAGCGUGUUGCAAGCCAAAUGAAAUCGAAGAAAUCAAAGAAGGUGGCAAGCAGCAAGCAAGAGAACACAGCAGAUGGAGAUAAUCUAGAAUCUCGAAUCGCUCAGCUGGAAGAAUUUCAUCAAGUCAAAACACUCGCACACGAUCGGUUUUCUAACACAAAGCUGCCAGCAAAACCAGCAAUAUUAGAAGACAGCAUAGGAGAGCCUUCAGUACAAGGAAUUGGUGGACCCCAGGACCCGGGUAAAGAAGAAGAGAAACAAGCAUACAAACCAGUCGAGGAAGUUCACCCAGACGAGAAGCCAGGAGCAGACAUAGACGAGGAACUGGCAUUUGAGGGAGAAGGAAUAGAGAAUGCAGGAGAAGACAUAACAGAUGGAAUCUUCCAGAAUAUAAAUCAAUCUUACUCCCCGGAGGAAGCUGAGCCUUCAAAGAAACAUGAUCAACGCUUGUUAACUCCAAAGGAAGUUCUCACAGACGAUAAUGCAGGAACUUGCAUAGACGAGGAACUGGCAUUUGAGGCCGAAGGAAUAGAUAAUGCAGGAGAAGACAUAUAUACGAAGAAGAGUUACACGUUAAUGGAAUGGGAGGACGUAGUAUAUGGUCCACCUGCAGAUUCAGAUCGUACAAAGCUAGUCAAUUUUAUGUGUAAGAGUGAUUCCAUUUAUCCAAUUGGCUCGGAAAUAAGUGCCAGUAAGUUCUUCGAGGUAUUCAUGCAGCCGAGGGAGUGGUUGACAGACGAUGUAAGAGAUCUUACAUUUGACACAUACCUAGCCAUGGUAAUUUCCAUUCCAAAUCGAACUAUCAAACUCUAUGAUAGUGGGAAGCGUACGAAAGGAGAUGCUGCGAUAAAGAAAGAGGCGGAGCCGUUUGCCUACAUGAUUCCCUACGCGUUAUGGUUUUACGCAAAAGAAGAAAACAAGCAAUCAAUGGAUCAUGCGGAUCAUCUUACGGAUGACAAUAUGGCCGUAGUGAGGAUGAAACUCGCUGUGGAGAUGUAUUUAGCAACAACAAAAGCAGUCUACAAUAUGUGGGAUACCUCAUUUCUAACAGAUGUCAUUGAUGGUCGUCUUAACUAG